UCCCAGUGUUCUUACAUUGUCUACGUCCUCCACAAUGAGGAAGUUGCCUUACCGGUAACCAAGGUGUUUCUGGCACCGCCCGGUAGGCAACACCAUGGCAUUCAGAGGAACUAAACACUGCAGAAAAACAAGCGUGGCUACUGCAAGCUCGUGUUGAGGAGCUCACCUUCAAGUUUUAGAAGACAUGAGUAGAAGUCCUAAACCAAUGGAUAUUACAAACCCGCCAGAAGCAGUGCCUCAACUGAGCAACGAAGAACAGCUAAGAAUAUUAAACAAGGUAAAAAUGGGUGAGAUGACCAUCCAAGAAGCUUUGGCGUGGGCAAGCAAGGGGACAGGUGAAGCUACGAAACAAACCUCACAAACACAGCAGCAGGUGGAAAGCACGUCGCAGUAUAAUUUCAGUGUCUACAAAUGCAACAGAUACAGAUGGCAGAAACGAAUAUUGCAGAUUGAUUUCAAUUCAAAGGUCAUUUGCAGCAUUGAGAAAGGGACUGUGAAAAAGCAGUUUCCUUUUACACAAAUCAAGUCCUGUGAAGACAGGGAAGGAACUAAAUUCUCAAUUUCCUUUCAAGACCGUCAGGAUUAUGAGCUUGAAGCCAAUUCUCAAGAAGACAAAAGAAAAAUCAUGCAACUUGUAAAUAAAGUUAUAUACAAUAAUAUAUAUGUGCUUCCAACACAAGUUAGUUCGGCAGUUUACGAAGAACCCCCAAAAUCAGGGAUUAUACGUGAAGGACGGCUGGAUUUAGAGAGAGGAGAGCUGGCUUCUGUCAAAUGGGUGAAGUAUUUAGUACAACUGCAUGAAGAUGAGCUCAUCCUGCAGCACACAGACCAAACCACAGGGAUUGAGGACUCGGACCCUUCCUCCACUGUCAUCCACAUCUCAGAUGGUAACGCGAGCGUUGAGAAGCAGCAUGGAUGUGAUGCCUUUACUGUGCACACCAAGAAAAACGAGUAUCAGUUUAGGGUACCGGUUAGCUGUCAGUUCAAGAGUACAGAAGAAAUAAAGAAAGAGCGGGAUGAAUGGGUACUGGCCAUUGAUAAGUUUUGUCUUCACUGGAAACGUAAAUCCCAAUUCAAACCUGAAGAUGAUGGGAUAUAUUCAGUCAUACAGGAGAGUCGGGUCAUGGACAUCAAAGAUCAGGUGGCAGAGAAGGAGCCGGUUUCACCUGUCAGUGGAAACACACCCCCCCCACUGCAAACGUCCCCUUCGGAACCAAACGCUGCGAAGGCUGUUUUUCCCCAGACCCCAUCUUCUACACAGUUACCUCCCAGUAAACUGGCACAGACGGUGUUUCAAGCUCCUUCUCCGAAGUCACCUGCAACAGUGCCUCCUCCCCCAGAGUGUGUAAAGACACCGUCCGUCCCGGCACCGCCCCCACCUCCACCACCAUCUCUAAGUCUGCAAUCCAAAUCUAUAUCAACGAGGACAAAAGCAUUUCACUGGGACCUGCUGUCCCAAGACAAGAUUCCAAAGUCUAUAUGGACACAGUGCAACACAGAGAAGAUCAAGAUAGAUGCAGAUAUGCUCAAUGAUCAGUUCAGGGUCCAAGAACUAGGAACCAUCGCUGGAGUGGAGUCUGCAACAAACCAUCAGAUCUUGCUAAAUCAGAAAGUGGCACAUAAUUUUAAUAUAUUUCUCAGAAGCUUUGAUGUAAAGCCCUACGAGCUGAAAGAAAAGGUACACAUUAUAAACGCAAAGGACGGCGGGCUUACAGACGAGCAAAUCUCAUCCCUCCGGAGGUAUGUGCCUACACCAGAUGAUAUAGAAAUGUAUAAAUCAUACAAGGGUUCACCAUCCGAGCUUCAUGUGGUUGACCAGUAUAUGAUGGAGAUGUGCAAUAUUCCCAAUUUAGAUAAUCGACUGGACCUUUUGCUCACGAUCAGAGAACUUCCGAUUAGUGUGGAUGACCUUCAGCCUCUGAUAAACCAGAUGAUUAAAAUGUGCACUCAGUUGCGGAACAGCAAGUCAUUUGUUUCUGUGUUAAAGUACCUGCUAGUUGUUGGCAACUACCUCAAUGAGAACGCUGGGAAGGAGAAGGCCAAAGGUUUCCGACUCUCUUCUUUAACAAAACUCACACAGAUGCGUGGAAAGGAGAGAAAAGUCACCUUGCUGCAUGCCCUUGUCCAGCAGAUUGUGUUACAUGAACCCGACUUGGCUAUUUUUUUCCAAGAGUUGACAGAAUUUGAAGCUGUUCCAGGAGCUUCAAUUAAAGGACUUACUGCAGAAGUGGAUGUUCUGAAGAAUGAGCUGCAGAAAAUAAUUCAACACAAAAAGGUUUUAAAUAAAGUUAACCGGGAAACACAGUUUUACAAAGACCUAAAGACUGUACUUCAGAAGUAUGAAGCAGACCUUUCUCAGCUGACUAAGAAAUGUGACGAGAUGAAGAAACUGUACAGUGACAUAUUGGUGAAAUUUGGGGAGCCACAAGAACAGGACUCACAGGAGCUUUUCGGAUGGGUGUGCUCAUUCAUCAGCAAUUUCAAGAGGAUUUAUGAAGAAAUCAUUGCAUAAGGACUUUCAAGACGAGCAGUAUGCAUUAUUAUUAUGCAAGGGCAGGAUUUAUUUCAAGAAAUUGUUUCAAUGGCAAACAUACAACUAGAUUUGCAACUUAAAAAACAUUAUCUGCCAACAUUAAGGUUCUGUUAAAGUCAAUUCCCAUUUCUGUCAGAAGGUCCGUUGAAAGUCGAUUGAUUUGUAAUUAUAGUUUAAUGAAUCUGAAACUAAUGCUUCUGAUUAAAAGAGGCCCCAUUCUGAUAACACCACGUCAGUCUUCUUAUACCACAGUUAAACCUCUAUUAUCCAAACUAAAUAGGAGCAAGGGGUGUUAUUAAAAUCAAUUUGUUGGAAUGAUAAUAUUAUAAUAGUAUUUACAAUAAAUUGAUUAAAAACUCUACAGAUAAUUAAAGUACAACUCAUCUAAAUAUGUUGGGGACAGUAAUUGAGUGUACUGUAAAUACUGGAGAGAGUGUGGUUAGCACACAUUCUCUAGGACAGAAGAGCCGUGCACACAGCAGUACAGGUUAUUAAUAUAACACAUUUCUUUGUUGGCUUCCAAUUCACCUCCGGUUUACUGCUAUUAUUUAGUUGUAUUAUGGUUUCUACAAGUUAGCACCUUUCCAAUGUUCUGGCUUGGCAUUGUACACCUUGUUUCCUGCUCCUCCACAGCACCAAAGCUGGGAGUUCUUUGUUUUAGUGCUCUAUGGCAGGGUAUCCAUGCAGUUUAGAAACUCCAAAUGUUAUCUCCAUGUAGCACACACGUGUGGCCAAAACAUGGUAUGACUUAAAAGGGUGGGUAAAUUAUCUUUUCACACUAGAAAGCCACACAAAUUGACCGAAAAUGUUUUUUUUUUUUUUUUUUAUGGGGACAUGUCCAAAAGCUGUACCUUCUGUUAGACUUCAGCAGUGAUUCCAAUUUGUGAAGUAACCUUGCACAACCUUUUACUGUAACUAAAGGCUCCAAGCAAUUCUUUAUUAACAACUGAGAUUGUCUGGAAGUAGCUCUGGCAAGCUCCUGUGACCAAAUAGGGGGGAAAAGCUUUUAUCCACUCUGAAUGUGCUCGGUGUCUGGCCAGGAGGAUUCACUGUUGUGCGAUGAGGAGAAGCAAUCCCUGUCGGUUUCCCUUCCCCCACCCCGGGAGCAUCAGAGCCAAUUUGACGCCCCCUUCGGAGUCCCGGAUGCGAACUGACACCAUCCAGGCUGUAUGAUUCAUCCUGCGCUCCCUAUCGGCAGCAUUUUCACUGGAUGAGCCACUCAGGGGACCCUGUGCUGUGAUGUUUUUGUACUGUUUUGUAACAGUGUAGUGAAGGCUAAUGCCCAGGUUCAAAGUGAUUUGUUCUUUUGUUUGAACCUUUUAUUUUGGCCCUCGUGCUGUAUUUAUUUUGUUCCUGUUUUUGUGUGUCGUUAAAUAAAUGUGCACAAUGCU